CAAUGACAGACACUACCCAUGACAAGCCCACGGCAGUAGAGGAGGUCAAGGCCGAAGCUGCCGGUGAAGACGAGGUCGAAGCUUCUCCCGAUGUUCAUUUCGAGCCUGUUAUGAAGCUUGAGCAGCUCGAUGAUAUUAAAACGUUUGAGGAGGACGAGGAUGCCAUUUUUAAAAUGCGUGCCAAGUUGUUCCGAUUUGACAAGGAUCUUGUUGAAUGGAAAGAGCGUGGUACAGGUGACGUCAAGUUUCUCAAGCACAAGGAGACUGGCAAGAUCCGUCUUUUGAUGCGUCGUGACAAGACUCACAAAAUUUGUGCCAAUCAUAUUGUCUCGUCUGAAAUGACACUUACUGUUAACGUUGGAUCUGACCGGUCAUGGGUGUAUAGCGUAGCUGCUGAUUUUUCAGAAGGCGCGCCUACCUCGGAGCUUUUUGCUAUUCGUUUUGCCAAUAGCGAAAAUGCCAACAAGUUCAAGGACACAUUUGAAGAUGCUAAAAAGUCCAAUGCUGGCGAUGCAGAGAAAAAGUCCGACACCAAGGCAUCUGAAACUGUCGAAAAGAAAGAGACUGUUGAUAAUGAAGUUUCUGAAAAAGAGACUGCUACUGCUGAAAAAGAGACUGCUGAAAAAGAAACUGUCGCUGCUGAAUAAGUUGCAACCGCCGAGUUUGAUUGUGCACCGUUUUGUCUUGCUGAUUGGAGACCUGUCAGUCUCGCGCUUUUUAGUUGAUUAAAGCAGUUCUUUUACUUUUUGCUAUC